AGCCGAAGGAGGCGGGCCCAGCCUCCAGGCGGCGGAUGUGGUGCGCCGGGCGUGAGCGCGCUCCCGUCACUCUUCUUGGAAUUUGGAGGGCUCGCUCGGCUUCUGUGGCCGCGGCGCGCCAAGCGGGGCAGGACCCUUCGCCGCGCCUCGGAAACCCGGCGGCGGGCUGAGGGGAGGCGAGGCCUCCCUCCCUCCCCUCUCGGCGCUCUUCUCGCCCCCAGCAUGGAGCUCUUCCAAGCCAAGGACCACUACAUCCUGCAGCAAGGGGAGCGGGCGCUGUGGUGCAGCCGCGCCGACGGCAGCCUCCAGCUGCGUCCCGCUACUGACCUGCUUUUGGCUUGGAAUCCAAUUUGUCUGGGCUUGAUUGAGGGACUUAUUGGAAAAGUUCAGCUUCACACAGAUUUGCCUUGGUGGUUGAUUCUAAUUCGCCAAAAAGUAGUGGUUGGCAAGCUUCCAGGAGAUCAUGAAAUAUGCAAAGUGACAAAGAUUGCAGCAGUACCACUCUCUGAAGCAGAACCUCAGGAUCUGGAACUGGAGCUCUGUAAAAAACAUCAUUUUGGAAUAAACAAACCAGAGAAGAUUACCCAGUCUCCAGAUGACUCUAAAUUUCUGCUCAAGACCUUCACUCAAAUUAAAUCAAAUGUUUCUGCUUCUAAUAAAAAGAAGGUUAAAGAAAGUAAAGAGAAAGAGAGACUGGAGAGGCGGCUGCUGGAAGAACUAUUCAAAAUGUUUAUGGACUCAGAUUCUUUUUAUUACAGUUUGACUUAUAACCUAACAAACUCCGUGCAAAGGCAAAGUGCAUGUGAGAAGGCUAACUUGCCACUCUGGAAGAAGGUUGAUGAUAGAUUUUUUUGGAACAAACACAUGCUAGAAGACUUGAUCAAUAUUGGUAAAUCUGAAGUGGAUUUUUGGAUUAUCCCAGUCAUCCAGGGAUUUGUUCAGAUUGAAGAGCUUGUAGUUAAUUAUAAUGAAGCAUCAGAUGAAGAGAAAAGCAGUCCUGAGACACCACCCCAAGAGCCAGUCUGCGUGGAUGAUAUUCACCCAUGUUUUCUUGUGGCCCUUAUCUCACGCCGAAGUCGCCACAGAGCUGGAAUGCGUUACAAACGGAGAGGCGUUGAUAAAAAUGGGAAUGUGGCAAAUUAUGUGGAGACAGAACAAUUGAUUCACGUCCAUAACCACACCCUCUCUUUCGUUCAGACGAGAGGCUCAGUGCCUGUGUUCUGGAGUCAGGUUGGUUACAGAUACAAUCCCCGGCCACGACUGGACAAAUGUGAAAAAGAAACUGUUCCAUAUUUCCGUGCACAUUUUGAAGAACAGUUGAAAAUUUAUACAAAACAGAUUAUCAUUAACUUGGUGGACCAAGCUGGACGAGAAAAAAUUAUUGGUGAUUCCUAUCUUAAACAAGUUUUAAUGUACAACAAUCCAAGUCUUACAUAUGUUUCAUUUGACUUCCAUGAACACUGCCGUGGAAUGAAGUUUGAAAAUGUUCAAACAUUGACAGAUGCCAUUUCGGACAUAAUCACUGAUGUGAAGUGGUGCUGGGUGGACCAAGCUGGAGUGAUUUGUAAGCAGGAAGGGAUUUUCCGAGUUAACUGCAUGGAUUGCCUGGAUCGAACCAACGUUGUCCAAGCUGCCGUGGCCCGUAUAGUUAUGGAACAGCAGUUGAAGAAGUUGGGUGUGAUGCCACCGGAACAACCACUGCCAAUGAAAUGCAAUCGGAUCUACCAGAUUAUAUGGGCUAACAAUGGCGAUGCCAUAAGCAGACAAUAUGCGGGAACAGCAGCUUUAAAGGGUGAUUUCACAAGAACUGGUGAAAGGAAGCUGGCAGGAGUCAUGAAAGAUGGUGUUAAUUCUGCAAAUAGAUACUACUUAAACCGCUUCAGGGAUGCUUAUAGGCAGGCAGUCAUUGAUUUAAUGCAGGGCAUUCCUGUGACAGAGGAUCUUUAUUCCAUAUUCACAAAAGAGAAAGAACAUGAAGCGCUGCACAAGGAGAACUUGAGAAGUCAUCAGGAACUGAUUAGCCAGUUAUUGCAAAGUUACAUGAAGUUACUAUUACCAGAUGAUGAAAAAUUCCAUGGUGGUUGGGCACUUAUUGACUGUGACCCAAGCCUUGCGGAUGCUACUCAUAAAGAUGUGGAUGUCCUCCUUCUGCUUUCUAACUCAGCAUACUAUGUAGCCUAUUAUGAUGAUGAAGUAGAUAAAGUAAAUCAAUACCAAAGGCUGAGCCUUGAAGAUUUGGAAAGAAUAGAAAUAGGUCCCGAACCAACUCUCUUUGGGAAGCCCAAGUUCUCGUGCAUGAGGCUCCAUUAUAAAUACAAAGACACAAGUGGAUAUUUCCAUACUCUUAGAGCGGUGAUGCGCAACCCUGAAGAGGAUGGAAAAGAUACUCUUCAGUGCAUUGCGGAGAUGCUGCGAAUCACAAAACAAGCCAUGGGGUUAGAUGUAGCCAUUAUUGAGAAGAAACUGGAGAGGAAAAGCAGUAAACCCCAUGAGGACAUCAUUGGUAUUAGAUCCCAAAACAGAGGCUCCCUAGCCCAAGGAAAAAACUACUUAAUGAGCAAGUUCUCAUCUCUUAAUCAGAAAGUGAAGCAAACCAAAUCCAAUGUAAACAUGAGCAACCUGAGAAAGUUGGGGAACUUCACGAAGCCUGAAAUGAAAGUCAACUUCUUAAAGCCGAACUUGAAAGUGAAUCUUUGGAAAUCUGACAGUAGUCUUGAAACCAUGGAAAAUCCCAUGGCAGAUGCUAAAGCCAACGUAGAAUCUGACAUUGAGAUCUCCUCCGACAAUGAUUCAUUCCAUUCUGAUGAGUACCUUACAAAUUCCAAAUCUGAUGAUGACCAGCAGUUCAUGGACUCCUUGGAGAACGUGGGACAGAUAGAUUAUGUUCUGCCCAGUUGUGGUAUCAUCGCCUCUGCUCCUCGGCUAGGCAGUCGGUCCCAGUCUAUAAGCAGCACUGACAUUAACAUUAGCAUUCCUGUUCCUUCAGAAAUCCACGUGACACACUUUGAAGACCAAACUAACAAGUCUGAAUCGGAAGGGAAAGGACCCCAGGAAACUCCUGCCACAGACAAUGCUGUAAUAGAGUUCACUAAGCCAAUUGAUGCCUACUGCCACAGAUUUGUGCAGGAUGCUCAAACUAAGAUGACAAGUGUUUCAGAAACAGAGAUGAAUUCUCAAGAAGCUCAGCAAGAGUUGGAUCGCAUUAGCAAUAACGCUUCUAAGAAAACUGAAUCUUGCUUGGGAACAGCUGUUGAGGCUCCUUCCAGACCAUCUAAAUUGGAUGUACCAUUUUCAGAGUCAGGAUCACAAUUCUUAGCAGUAGAAAACACCAAUGCUAAGUCUCAUAAUACUCCAGGCUCCUCAUCCAGUGUCCUGGAAGCUGGGUCAGGGUUUCAUAUGACGCCUUCACCAGCAGAGAGUAAUGGCAGUAGGGCAGUCUCUCCUUUUGCAAAGAUUCGCAGCUCUAUGGUUCAGGUGGCUAAUAUUACACAAGCUGGUUUGACCCAAGGAAUCAGCUUUGCGGUGGCUAAAGUCCAGAAAAGCCCAGCUGAACCAGAAUCCGUAAAUGAAAUUCAGCAAAAUGAACUGAGAGAAAUGUUCACGCAGUGUCAGACACGGAUAAUUCAGAUCUAGAGAGCACACGUUUCAGAUUUAAGUUGUACAUAUUGCUAAACAAAUGGUUUGUAACGGCCCCUUGAGGGGAGGGGGUGAACCAACUGCCACUAAGUAUUGGUAUCAAAAAAAAUGCCAGUAACUAUGUUUACAGAAAGGUUUGGGAGAUGCUAAUUGGGUUCUGAACGGGUUUCAGAAUUAUCCUCAGGCAGCUGAGCUGGUGAAGGUAAAACUACUAAACAGGUAGCUCAUACACCAGUGGUUGAUGUGCAUGUUAAGUUUGCGUGAUCCAUUGCACAGUUAUCUUUUGAGACCAGUUUCUAUAGGCCUUCUGAUUUAUGUAGAAGGGGGGUGGUACUGAACACCUGUCAACCUUAUUAAUCUUGCACUGUACCAGUGAACUAUUUUACUCACAGAUGACAUUCUAUUUAUUUUUCAGACUAACUUUUUUUAUUUAUAUUUUUAAAUUUGUUUUCUUGUCGUUCUAGUUGCAUUCCUAAGGGAGGUGGUCUCUGCAGAGGAAGGACUUAAAUACCUAUGCCUGUGGGGGGUGGUUUACUCUCCUUCCUCUCCCAUCGAUUCCUUGCUUCUUCCUACCUCUGUUAAUUUAUAACUAUGGUAUCUAGGAGCAAUCAAUAAUAUAGUAAUGAGUAAAAGCUUGCAGGGCAGCUGCUGAAAAGGUUUUUUCUUACAACAAUAAAUAAUCUUUUAAAAAAACUUACAGUGUGUCUGCAAGCUAUUAUGUGUCUUCUGUAGUGAAACUUGACACCCUACUCUUAGGCUGCAGCCUUUUUUUCUUUUUGAGGAAAAACAAAGGUCUAACUUUAAAAAAAAAUGCUGAAUGUCAGGUAUGUGCUAGUGUGUUCAUAUGAGGAGACAAUUACCUAAAUAAGCACGAAAGCACCAAAAAGGACAUAAUCUAAAACAUACUCAUCCAUAAAAUCAUACAGCUGAUAUUUAAAAUCCAAUUAAUGCAAAGUGUUUCGAAACAGUUGUAGUUGUAAUCAGUUGUGAGACCAAUUCUGGCUUUGUCACAGUACUGGUGGGGAAUGAGGCCGCAUCUAAACGUUUCCCCGGGAAUCUGAUUCCAAAAACCUGAUGUGUAAGAAGUAAUUUCCUAUAUAGCUCAUUCUGUUAUUUCCCGGAGGAGUCUUGUGACUGAUGUUCUAUAGUAGAAUGUAGCAGCAGAAACAACAUUGGAUUCUGCUAAGCUUCAUAGCCUCACUAGUCCUCAUUCUAGAGCCAGGGUCUCUGUAUGUUAGUACAUGUGUACUAUAGCUAGACUGCAUGUACUGUUCUAAGCAGUUAACGAGUGUCAUAAUGGUGGUAUGAUGUCUUUGAAUAUCUCUGCUAUAACAGAAGUGAUCAUCACCUUAACCUGAUUGUCCUUGUCUAAUACUUUUGAUACUGUUUCCAUUUUGUUAUUUAUUUCUUAUUACUGUAAUGUGUAUUCCUUUUUUUGGAGUGUCUGUAUAAAUUUGUGGGUAUAUUUAAAAUAAUAUUGUAUUGUUUUAACGUGGGAGACCUAUAUAAAAUAUUUUAAUAAAAAAUACUAAUAGUA